AUGGAUCACACGACCUUUAUUGCGUUUCUUUCGAUAAUCGUGGUGUUGACUUUAACUUUUAACGGACUGGCCAUAUUUGGUUUACUUAAGCAAAGAAGAUACUUGUCAACAUAUGACAUUACAUUGCUAUUUCUAAUGUUUAUCGAGUUUCUUCAAGCAAUCAUUGGUUAUCCAAUUGAAUUGUUCACAAAAUUUAAAGAUGGAGGAUUUUUGUGUAAUAUAGCUGGGUAUUCAACAACAAGUCUAGCUCUUGUUUCAAUAUUACUUCUGGUAGCGUUAGCUUUAAUGAGAGUCAUAUCAGUGAUGUAUCCUUUCAAGUCACGCCUGUUGUUAAACUCUAAGAAGAGCAGCCUGUAUUUUAUUGUACCAUCAACCUUAUACGGAUUUGCAUGGGGUACCUUUCCCCUUCUUGGUUGGAGUAAAUAUUCCCCUGAGCUUAACAGCGACAGAACAUGCUCUGUAGAUUUAAUUAGCCGAAACAAAAAUACUCUUUCUUACCUGUAUGCUUUAAUGAUCGCAUGCUACUUUAUACCAUUAACCGUUAUCUUUCUUACUGCUUUGGGAAUUGGUAAAAAACUAUGGGGACGCACGAUGAGUCUGGCUGCUGAACAAGAGCAAGUAAAAGUGGCAAGGGCGCGAACGGAAAAGAGAAUGGCAUUGUUUUUAUUUCUUGUCAUAGCGGCAUUUGUGAUUGCUUGGACUCCCUAUGCAUUGAUGAUAUUUCUUAUAUCGCUUGGUGGAAAUGUGACCACGACUUGGCUUGAUUUUUCAGCUCUUCUUGCUAAAAGCUCCACUUUCUAUAAUCCUGUAAUUUACAUAUUUAUGCACAAAAGAAGCCGUGUUGCUGUUUUCAAAUUUUUAGGAUCCAUAACUGAAACAAACAACAAUACUAUAGACUCCGGUUUACCUAAUCCUUACAGAAAAAGAUGUGACACCAACGUAACCGUAGUCAGUUUUUCUCAACACAUACUAACUGAUAGGCACGAGUAUGUUAGAUAACUUUUACCUGGUUGUCAGACACUUUAAACAGAAUG